AUGCUCAACUAUAUUGCGACCAGUCUGCUCAUCGGCGCUGCAUCGGCAGCUGCUGUCAAACGCCCGACGUACUCUCACGGAGACUGCCAUCAAUUUGCCAUACCGAUCAAGGCAUCGAGUCCAGGCGCUGUCUACAAACUCCCUGUGGUGAACAAUGACUUGACCACGACGGCGUGGGCUGUUGCUGCCGACUGUUGGAGCUCAGAGGUCCGCGAGGUCGUCGAGAACAUCACGAUCAGUGGGACUUACAGCAUCCAUGCGCAGCUCUGCGUCCCUACCGGGUCCAACGCAAAGGAUGUCCUUCAAAUUGCCACCCACGGCGGCCACUAUGACAAGCGCUACUGGGACUCGGAGUAUAGGCCCAAAGACCACUCUUGGCGGAAAGAGCGACAUCCCCGACGCUACCGCGGUGUGCAAACCGGCAUCGAGCUCGACAUUUUGCGGCAACUGACGAAACAUGCUCGCGAAGGGACACUGCUCUCCCCGAAGGACUGGCACAUGGCGCCAUCCAGCCCACCUGCCAAGAUCGUUCAUCUCGGCCACAGCUUCGGCUCUGUCAUGACCACCGCAUUCUUGACAAACUAUCCCAACGAGACAGACGGCGGCAUAAUCACUGGGUUCGCGAUUAAUCCAUAUUUCGGGCUCACGGGGAUGAGCUCAUGGUACGCCAACUAUGCAGCCACCACCCAUUCGCCCGAUGGACCCAAGUGGGAUCGACCUUCAGGCUAUGUAGUCUCCCAGAAAGAAGGCAUCCAGGUGGUGUUCUUCGGUGGCGAUCCAUCAACUGCCUUCACAGAGGAGCAGCUCGAGUAUGGUGACAAGAUCAAGCAGCCACUGCCGAUCGGUGAACUAGCUUCCGGCGCGCAAGUCCUUGGACGGCCCGGAGGUGGCUUCACCGGGCCCGUACAGUACGUAUUGGCUGAGUUUGAUAUGUUCAUAUGCAAGGGUGACUGCAAAGGCGCGACGAACGAGACAGUGCUGAGGAAUACACAGUGGCCCAAUGCCGCGGAUAUCGAGGUUGUAGUGCAGCCAAACACUGGCCACGCCUUUCCGCUGCACAACAACGCUACGGCUGGAUUUCAGUUAACUUGGGACUUUUUGGAGAGGCACGGUCUGUAG